AUGGAAGACAACGCCGAGCUUGAGUCGUUCCGCCAACAGUGGCGCGAGGAGGUUACUCGUCGAUCAAAACCCAAGGCUGCCCCUCCUGCGACUGCAGCGCCGACCGACCCGCCUCCAAUUCGCCUUCCACCCGCCCGCCACGAGGCCUCUCACCGCAAAGAGAUCGAGGAGGAGGGUCCACCGCUGGCUUCUUUCGACCCCGAUGAGCUAGCCCAACAAGUUGGAGAACUGAGCUUCGAAUCAACCGAAGAUGAUUUUCAACGUCGAGAGGUAGCAGAACCAAUAUCCGCCCUUGAGCACUUUGAACGAGCGGUCGAGAAGGAGGCCGAAGGCAACCUAGGAGACAGUCUCUCCCAUUACCGCAAGGCAUAUAGAGUAAGUUUGACCCGAAAAGACAAAUAUAGUUCAAUACUCAUUUCCGUCAAGCUAGAUUCCGCUGUCGAUAAGUCCUACCGAAAUAAGCAUUAUGCUCAUGUAUGGAAGAAGUCGAACGUGCCGGCUCCCACCACCGCUGUUGCGGUGACCCAACAGCCCGCCGAAGUACCGAUCCUCCCAACACCUGAACUCAUCGCGUCGUUUGCACAUCUGCCGAUCCCAUCACUCGAUCCAGUUGUCGAGAACACCCCACCGCCCCCCUGCCCAAUUGCUUCUGUCCCGUCAGAAGUGAUAGUUGAGAUACUACGACAUGUGGCGAUGGCCGACCCAUCGAUCUUUGGCCGGAUGGCACUGGUCUGCAAGCGGAUGGCAUACCAUUUUGCCCACGAACAACAUAUCUGGAGACAAAUUUGUCAAGCGCCGCAGUUUGGUUUCCAAGGAAUGCAUUAUGCCUUUGCGUGCGACCUGCAUGGCGAACCGAUCUUCACACUCGCUCCACGAUACACUCCGUUCCCCAAGGGUAAGUCUGUAGAAAUACCCAAGUCACUAUCCUCAUGGAGUCAGGUGUUUCAAACUCUUCCUCGGAUUCGUUUCACGGGAAUCUACAUUAGCACGGUCAACUACACUCGACCUGGUGCGGCAGCUGCCUACUCAAACCUUACAUGGAAUAGUCCUAUCCACAUCGUGACUUAUUACCGUUAUCUGCGAUUCUACCCAGAUGGCUCGGUAAUCUCAUUACUCACUUCAACGGAGCCAGUCGAUGUGGUUCCUCACAUCAGUAGGGAGAACGUGAUGGCCGCGCGCACCCCAGCGCACCGAAAGCACCACCGGCAUGUCUCUGAUGUGGGUCAAUCGCUUUCUGGAGCCGCUGAUGCCGUGCCGCCCGUUGCCAUGAACACGUUGAAGCAUGGUCUCCGGGGCCGAUGGCACUUGGCCUCGCCCAUUGACACGCCUGAGAGCGCCGAACCGCCGACUAAGGACUGGAAGCCUGAUUCAGCGUCUGACACAAAAUCGCUUCUCUCGGAUGAGAGGGAUCUCGUCAUUGAAACAGAGGGUGUGGAUGCUAAGUAUAUCUACACGAUGCAUCUCUCUCUGCGUUCUUCAACGCUACCGAAAGCUGUUCAAGCCGGGCCGGCUCCUCCUAAUCCCUCUAAGAAUACGAAGUUAAGCUGGAAGGGAUUCUGGAGUUACAACAGAUUGACCGAUGAUUGGGGUGAGUUUGGCCUUCGUAAUGACCGAGCAUUCGUGUUUCGUCGCGUGCGUGGCUGGGGAUUGGACUGA